CUCACCGCACUCAUAUCACAGACCUGCGUGCCACUUGCUCCUUCCUCUUCCUCUCCAUCCACUUUCCUCCACACUGGACAGACUGCUUUCUCAAGCAAAUCUCCUUCCUACAAUCUCAAACCUCCCUCCAACACCACCAUGCCUCACAAAGAAUCCUCCCCCUCCGAGUUCGAUCCCUCUUCUUACCCUCCCUUCCCCUCCUCCCCCGACUUCCCCACCCUCGACCUCCAAACCAUCUCCCUCCGCGCCCUCCUCGCCAACGACCCCUCCGCCCAAGAAGCCACCUUCGCCGCCUGCAAAGACUGGGGCUUCUUCUACCUCGACCUCUCCGACUCCGGUCCCCUCGGCUCCACUCUCACCCAAGACUCCCUCUCCAUUGCCCGCAUCGCAUCCCAAAUUUUCCAACUCCCCAUUGAAGAAAAGUCCAAGUACGCCAUCACGGGCAAAGACCUCUUCGGCUACAAGAAAGUCGGCCAGACGCAAGUCGACAAGAACCACACGCCGGACACGGCGGAGUUUUUCAACGUCGCGAAGAACGAGAUGAUUGUGCCGGAAGGGGAGAUGACGCGGUCGUGGCCGAAGCCCGUGUUGGAGAAUCGGGAUGUGUUCAAGCGGUAUUCCACGGCGGCGCAUGAGGUGGGAUUGAAGAUUGUAGAUGUGUUGGCGAACAAGUUGGGGAUUGAUUUGGAGGAGAUUCGGUCCAGGCAUCGACUGGAGGAGUGGGCGGGAGAUCAUGUGAGGAUGACGAGGGGACCGCCGAGGAAGGAGGCGGAGAUGCCGGAGAUCCAGACGCCGAGUCACACGGAUUUUGGGACCAUAACAAUCCUAAUGAACUGGCUUGGCGGCCUCCAACUCUACUCCGCACCCAACCGCACCGUCGGCAAUCUCCAAUUCGACGACAACACCGCAGACGGCACCUGGCUCUGGGUCAAACCCAGUCCCAACUGCGCCAUCAUCAACCUCGGCGACGCAGCGGUGAAAUUCACCAACGGUGUGCUGUGCUCCGGUCGUCAUCGCGUGAUUCCCGCUCCCGGCGAGCAAGGCAAAUUUCCGCGGUAUAGUAUCGUGUACUUUGUACGGCCGGUCGAUGAGUGUCGACUCAAGACGUUGAGGGGCGAGGGCGUGCCGGUUGCGGGGGACGAGGAGGAGGAGGGCACGAGGGCGAAAGAUUGGAUU